AUGAAUAAACAUUUAAAGAAACACCCUAAUUCUGAUGCCUCAAGUGUAAAAGGAGAUAAAAAACAAACGACGAUGUCGACGAUUCAAAAAAAGUUAGAACUGUCAAAUUUACCGAGUCGUGAUCACGAACCCCAGCCAUCAACAAGUACAUCGAAAGCACCUAAAUCAGAUACAUUGUUAACAGCUCCUUCACCAUCUGAUGUCGAGAGAAUUCCAAUAUUAAUCAGUGGUGAUGAUACUCUUGAAGCACAAUUCGAACACUUUUAUAGUGUAAUGCGUUUGAAAGUAGAAAAUAUAUUUGACAAUGUAGAUCACGUGGCAUUAACCUGCGAUAUUUGGAGUGAGAUGAUGACCGUUACCACUUAUUUAGGGGUUACUGCUCAUUAUUUGCAAGAAGACAAACUGGUGUCACGUUGCAUAGCUACCGUUGCACUGGAUCAGCGUCAUACUGGUGAUUUUAUCGCUGAAAAAUCAAAAGAAAUUUGUGUAGGUAUAUACAUCAGUUUGGAUAAAAUAACUGCAGUAGUUACAGACAAUGGCUCAAACAUGAUAGCCGGCAUAGCAAAUUUUCUAGAAAAGAACAAACAUUUACCUGGCUUUGCUCAUACAAUUAAUCUAAUCGCUGAAUCUGCCAUGUCAGUCAAUGAUUUAGAAACAUUAGUAAGCACUGGGUCUCAACCUCUCAAACUGAUUUUAGACGUCUAUUAUAUGCUACAGAGAUACAUUGAAUUAGCACCAAUAGUUCAUCAAAUUUUGAUGUUAAAUACAAAAGCACCACCCACGCCAUCGGCUGUAGAAAUGCAAAAUAUUAAAACAUUGAUUUGUAUUUUGAAACCGCUGGAGUAUGUAACCGAAGAGUUAUCAGGUGAACAGUUGUAA